UUUCGUACACGUUAGACCUUUAAACUCUUCGGUCGAUAUUUCAAACGUUGGUAUAACUAAUUGUUAACAAAUUAAGAUGUCCACACAAGAGAGGCACGAUGAUCAUUUGAAGGCGAUGCCGUACGCCGAAUACCAAAGUGCGUUAAAAAUGAAAAAAGAACUUUGCGAGGCGAUCGUUGAAUUGACAAAUUUGAGGAUCACAUUUAAUGAUGUUCAACCACCAGGAGAGACCCUUAUGAAAAUGUUAUAUCGGCAAGGCUGCACAGUUAAUCAAUUUCGGCAACUACUUAGCGCUGCUGACAGCAAAGUAAACUCUGUAAUAUACUAUCGUCCAUUUGCAAAAAUUGCCAUACUAAUAGCCAAUGAAAAAUAUCAAAACUUGUCUAAACUGGCAACACCAUCUAUAGAUUGCCACUCUCUGUCAGCGAAUUUGAAAAAUCUGGGUUUUACCAUAAUCAUGAUUAAGAAUACCAGCAGUUCUUUGUUGCGAGUUAUUUUGUCUAAGCUGUUCGAGUUGAUACCUCCUGAUUGUUAUUGUUUUAUAUUUUAUGCAGGGCACGGCUGUGAGCUGGUCCACGCCAGAUUCAUGUUGGGAACUGAUUGUCCCGUAGAAAAUAUUACUUUGAAAGAUUGUGUUACGGAACACUACCUGCUGCAGCAAGUACAUAAAUGCAAACCAGACAUCUGCUUUUUAAUUAUGGACAUGUGCAGACUCAAUUUGGACAGGGCAACACACCCCAACCUAUUCUCUUCAAUUAGCUACAUCGAACCUUUCAUGGUGCCCAAGAACCUGCUGAUAGCGUACUCCACUCAGUCAUCGCAGGCUGCGUACGAGGUGCUACAAAUAGAGUGCUCCACCACUAUCAAUGAUACUUACGAGCUGGAGACAGGUGACUCGGGCAGGAUAGUGCCUAGUGGCAGCCAGUAUGUGAAUGCACUUUGCACGAGACUUGCGGAUAAAGUGGACCUUAGCACGUUGAUUGAUGGAGUUCAUGGAGAUGUAGAAAAGUCAAUGAGGAGUCAGAAGCCCAUAAAAGUGCAAUGCGGUGUGGGGAAGCGUUCAUUAUAUGAUCCACCAACAGGUGAUUCUCAAGAACUCUUAGAUAAAUUGAAAGAGUUCACCAAACAAUAUGAUGAAUACUGUUCUGCGUUCUAGUUUUAAAGCUACUUACCUAAAUAAUCAUAAAUUAGAUAGUUUUAAUUUUAAGGUGCUAAUUUGUGAUACUUAUAAUGACAAUAAUAAGAUUUAAAUUUAUAAUUUUAAUUAUUAAUAACAUUUAGAUUUCUUAUGAUUCUUUUCUUAUAAUGACAAUAAUAAGAUUUUAAUUUAUAAUUUUAAUUAUUAAUAACAUUUAGAUUUCUUAUGAUUCUUUUACAGUCCAAAUUAAUUAAAUUCGUUUGAAGCAUCCUAACAGUUUCUUGAAUAAAUUUUGAAUUUGUUUGAUUAGGAAAAAUCUUCUAGCGAUAUCUAACAAUGAAUUUUUAUGAUAUUAGUAAAUUGUUUUCUUUUUAAUUUAUUUCAAAUAUCUCUGUGUGUCUGUCAUCUUUAUGUGUUGGGAUGCAUUCCGAUAUAUUUCUUUUUUUCAAAUAAGUAGAUAUUCCUAUUAUUGUUAUUUUUAUAUGUUGACUUUUGAACAAAGUAUUUUUGCAAAGACUGAUAUGAUUAAA